AUCGGAAAGGUACAACAUAGGGAUUCACUAAUUUCAUGGAGUGAACGCAAGCAAGUAAAAAUAGGCUGGGGAAGAGACGACCCUCUUCACUUUCGAUAUUUUUCUCCUGUGUCCUUAAGAUCUCCAGAUCUCUUUCUUCCUGUGAGACCAGACUUUGACCGCCGGCACCACCGCCGGCGAUCUGUUCUCCGAUAUCACUCUCUUUAUUGACUUUCUAUCUCUGGUCGUUGCUUCAGAUCGCGUAGUGGUGAAAACCGAAGCGCUUAGGGCUUUGAUCUUCGGUCGGUCUCUUGUGUUGGAGCUCCGAUCCAGGUCACCAUGGCGGCCGCAAAUGCUCCAAUCAGCAUGAAGGAGGCCUUGACGUUGUCUAGUAUCGGAAUUAGUCCGCAAUUCAUGACAUUUACGCAUGUGACCAUGGAGUCGGAUAAGUAUAUUUGUGUUAGGGAGACGGCGCCGCAGAACAGUGUUGUUAUCAUCGACAUGAGUAUGCCUAUGCAGCCUUUGCGGAGGCCUAUCACUGCAGAUUCGGCUUUGAUGAACCCCAAUUCCAGAAUUCUUGCUCUCAAAGCUCAACUCCCUGGAACUACUCAGGAUCAUUUACAAAUAUUCAACAUUGAAAUGAAAGCAAAGAUGAAAUCACAUCAGAUGCCUGAGCAGGUUGUCUUUUGGAAGUGGAUUACCCCUAAGAUGCUGGGCCUGGUUACACAAACAUCAGUAUUUCAUUGGUCCAUUGAAGGUGAUUCUGAGCCUGUGAAGAUGUUUGAGCGAACUGCAAAUCUGGUAAAUAAUCAAAUAAUCAACUAUCGUUGCGAUCCUUCUGAAAAGUGGUUGGUUUUGAUUGGGAUUGCACCUGGUUCACCUGAGAGGCCACAACUCGUCAAAGGGAAUAUGCAACUUUUCUCAGUGGAUCAGCAACGUAGUCAGGCCCUUGAAGCACAUGCUGCAUCAUUUGCCUCAUUUAAAGUAUUGGGGAAUGAGAAUCCCUCAACGCUAAUAUGUUUUGCCUCAAAGACCACCAAUGCUGGACAAAUUACAUCAAAGCUACAUGUUAUUGAACUUGGGGCCCAGCCAGGCAAACCUGGAUUCACUAAGAAACAAGCAGAUCUGUUCUUUCCUCCGGAUUUUGCAGAUGACUUUCCUGUGUCAAUGCAGGUAUCCCAAAAGUAUGGUUUGAUAUAUGUGAUAACAAAGCUUGGACUUCUAUUCGUGUAUGACCUAGAGACGGCUAGUGCAGUUUACAGAAACCGAAUUAGUCCAGACCCGAUAUUUUUGACAGCAGAAGCUUCCUCAAUUGGAGGUUUUUAUGCCAUUAAUAGGCGAGGGCAGGUUUUGCUUGCUACUGUAAAUGAAGCAACAAUUGUGCCUUUUGUUAGUGGCCAGUUGAAUAACUUGGAGCUUGCCGUUAAUCUUGCCAAAAGAGGAAACCUUCCUGGUGCAGAAAACCUGGUUGUCCAGCGGUUCCAAGAACUGUUUGCUCAGACAAAGUAUAAGGAAGCUGCGGAGCUUGCUGCAGAAUCUCCACAGGGACUCCUGCGUACUCCUGAUACUGUUGCCAAAUUUCAGAGUGUCCCUGUGCAAUCUGGACAGACACCACCUCUGUUGCAGUACUUUGGUACUCUGUUAACCAGAGGAAAACUCAAUGCUUUCGAAUCACUGGAAUUGUCACGCCUUGUUGUAAAUCAGAAUAAAAAGAAUCUCUUAGAGAAUUGGUUGGCAGAGGACAAGCUUGAAUGCAGUGAGGAGCUUGGAGAUCUUGUUAAGACGGUGGAUAAUGACCUUGCACUGAAAAUAUAUAUCAAAGCUAGGGCCACUCCAAAAGUUGUUGCAGCAUUUGCUGAGAGGAGGGAGUUCGAUAAAAUUCUAAUAUACUCCAAGCAGGUUGGCUAUACGCCUGAUUAUUUGUUCCUACUCCAAACAAUUUUGCGGUCAGAUCCCCAGGGGGCAGUUAAUUUUGCUUUAAUGAUGUCUCAAAUGGAAGGAGGUUGCCCAGUUGAUUACAACACAAUAACAGAUCUAUUCCUUCAGAGGAAUCUGAUUCGUGAAGCAACAGCCUUUUUGUUGGACGUACUGAAGCCAAAUUUACCUGAGCAUGGGUUCCUUCAAUCUAAGGUUUUGGAAAUCAAUCUGGUUACAUUUCCAAAUGUCGCAGAUGCUAUAUUAGCUAAUGGUAUGUUUAGUCACUAUGAUCGCCCACGUAUUGCACAGCUCUGUGAAAAAGCUGGUCUUUAUGUGCGAGCCCUUCAGCAUUAUACUGAAUUGCCCGAUAUCAAACGUGUCAUUGUGAACACACAUGCCAUUGAGCCACAGGCUCUUGUUGAGUUCUUUGGAACUCUUUCAAGAGAAUGGGCUCUUGAGUGUAUGAAAGACCUUCUACUUGUCAAUCUUCGUGCCAAUCUUCAGAUAAUUGUGCAGACUGCCAAGGAGUAUUCUGAACAGUUGGGUGUUGAGGCAUGUAUAAAACUGUUUGAGCAGUUCAAGUCUUAUGAAGGAUUAUACUUUUUCUUGGGGUCAUAUUUGAGCUCCAGCGAGGACCCUGAUAUCCACUUCAAAUACAUUGAGGCAGCUGCUAAAACUGGACAAAUUAAGGAGGUCGAACGUGUGACUCGGGAAUCAAACUUUUAUGAUGCCGAGAAGACAAAGAAUUUUCUGAUGGAAACCAAGCUUCCUGAUGCACGCCCACUGAUUAAUGUCUGUGAUCGUUUUGGUUUUGUUCCAGAUCUCACCCAUUACUUAUAUACUAAUAAUAUGCUCCGGUAUAUUGAAGGUUAUGUUCAAAAGGUAAAUCCGGGAAAUGCUCCUCUAGUUGUUGGGCAACUUCUAGAUGAUGAAUGCCCUGAAGAUUUCAUUAAAGGUCUCAUUCUUUCAGUUCGGUCUCUUCUUCCUGUUGAGCCCCUCGUGGAGGAAUGUGAGAAAAGAAAUCGUCUCCGUUUACUCACUCAGUUCUUGGAGCAUCUUGUGAGUGAGGGUAGCCAGGAUGUGCAUGUUCAUAAUGCUCUGGGUAAAAUCAUCAUAGACAGCAACAACAAUCCAGAACAUUUUCUCACUACUAACCCAUAUUAUGAUUCACGUGUUGUGGGAAAAUAUUGUGAGAAAAGGGAUCCCACUCUUGCAGUUGUUGCUUACCGCAGAGGACAGUGUGAUGAUGAACUUAUCAAUGUUACAAAUAAAAACUCUUUGUUCAAACUGCAGGCCAGAUAUGUGGUGGAAAGGAUGGAUGCUGACCUCUGGGAGAAAGUUCUUAGUCCCGAUAACGAGUAUAGAAGGCAACUAAUUGAUCAAGUUGUAUCUACUGCUUUGCCUGAAAGCAAGAGUCCAGAGCAAGUUUCAGCAGCUGUUAAAGCUUUUAUGACUGCUGAUCUUCCGCAUGAGCUUAUUGAGCUUCUUGAGAAGAUUGUGCUUCAGAAUUCUGCAUUUAGUGGAAACUUCAAUCUUCAAAAUCUGCUUAUCCUUACAGCUAUCAAGGCUGAUCCAUCACGAGUUAUGGAUUAUAUUAAUAGACUAGACAACUUUGAUGGACCUGCUGUUGGGGAUGUGGCUGUUGAAGCACAAUUGUAUGAGGAAGCAUUUGCCAUUUUCAAAAAGUUCAACUUGAAUGUUCAGGCUGUGAAUGUUCUAUUGGAUAACAUUCAGAGCAUUGAACGAGCUGUAGAGUUUGCAUUCCGUGUCGAAGAAGAUGCUGUCUGGAGCCAGGUAGCUAAGGCCCAGCUAAAAGAGGGGCUAGUGAGUGAUGCAAUUGAAUCCUUUAUUCGUGCGGACGAUGCCACCCAAUUCUUAGAUGUCAUACGGGCUGCUGAGAAUGCAAAUGUAUACCAUGACUUGGUGAGGUAUCUCCUGAUGGUUAGGCAGAAAACCAAAGAGCCCAAGGUCGACAGUGAACUCAUUUAUGCAUAUGCUAAGAUUGAUAGGCUGGGUGACAUUGAGGAGUUCAUUCUUAUGCCUAAUGUUGCUAAUCUCCAAAAUGUUGGUGAUCGCUUGUAUGAUGAAGCCUUAUAUGAGGCAGCAAAGAUCAUAUUUGCAUUUAUUUCUAACUGGGCUAAACUGGCUUGUACGCUUGUGAAGCUAAGACAAUUCCAAGGUGCAGUUGAUGCAGCUCGGAAAGCCAACAGCUCAAAAACAUGGAAGGAAGUUUGCUUUGCCUGUGUUGAUGCUGAGGAAUUUCGCUUGGCUCAGAUAUGUGGGCUCAACAUCAUCAUACAGGUGGAUGAUUUGGAAGAAGUCAGUGACUAUUACCAGAACAGGGGAUGCUUUAAUGAGCUCAUAUCUCUCAUGGAGAGUGGAUUGGGAUUGGAACGUGCACAUAUGGGCAUCUUUACUGAGUUGGGUGUCCUUUAUGCCAGAUAUCGUCCUGAGAAGCUUAUGGAGCACAUUAAACUAUUCUCAACCCGCCUAAACAUUCCCAAACUCAUACGAGCGUGUGAUGAGCAGCAGCACUGGAAGGAGCUUACUUAUCUGUAUAUUCAAUAUGAUGAGUUUGACAAUGCUGCAACCACCAUAAUGAACCACUCCCCAGAAGCAUGGGAUCACAUGCAAUUCAAAGAUGUUGCAGUCAAAGUUGCAAAUGUGGAGCUCUACUAUAAGGCCGUGCACUUCUACCUGCAGGAACAUCCUGAUCUUAUUAAUGAUCUCCUUAAUGUGCUUGCUCUUCGUGUGGACCACACUCGGGUUGUUGACAUAAUGCGAAAGGCUGGUCACCUUCAUCUUGUGAAGCCCUAUAUGGUUGCUGUUCAGAGUACUAAUGUGGCUGCGGUAAAUGAAGCAUUAAAUGGUAUUCAUGUAGAGGAGGAGGACUAUGAUAGACUUCGGGAAUCAAUAGAUAUGCAUGAUAACUUUGACCAGAUAGGCCUUGCACAGAAGGUUGAGAAACAUGAGCUUCUGGAGAUGAGGCGUAUUGCUGCUUAUAUUUAUAAGAAAGCAGGUAGAUGGAAACAAUCCAUUGCAUUGUCAAAGAAAGACAACCUAUACAAAGAUGCGAUGGAGACAUGCUCUCAGUCUGGGGAUCGUGAACUUGCAGAGGAGUUGCUUGUUUAUUUCAUUGAGCAGAAAAAGAAAGAGUGUUUUGCAUCAUGCCUCUUUGUCUGUUACGAUUUAAUUCGGCCAGACGUUGUCCUUGAGCUUGCAUGGAUGAACAAUAUGAUCGACUUUGCCUUCCCAUAUCUCUUACAGUUUAUUCGUGAGUACACGGGCAAAGUAGAUGACCUUGUCAAGGACAGAAUUGAGGCUCUUAAAGAGACAAAAGCUAAAGAGGAGGAGGAGAAGGAUGUUGUGAAACAACAGAAUAUGUAUGCACAGUUACUGCCUCUUGCUUUGCCCGCUCCACCAAUGCCAGGAAUGGGUGGUGCAGGGAUGGGCGGUGGUUUUGCUGCUCCACCACCAAUGGGCGGGAUGGGAAUGCCUCCAAUGCCACCAUUCGGCAUGCCACCAAUGGGCUCCUAUUGAUCUAUGGUUGUCAUGAAUCGGUGAUUGUGGGAAACCCUCUAAUGGAGCUGGAAAUUUUUUGGAAUUUCCUCGUCGUGCUGAGGGCGAAGUUAAACUUCUGUGGUGACCCGGGGAAUGGAAUCCAGCGGAAUUUUCUUGUAGGAUUGUGGACAAAUUGUCUUAAUAUUCCUUUCAUAGGAGGCUUUUUGUUUUCUUACCCCUUCUUUUGUAGUUGACGCCGAGCAGAUUAGACUGCUCCAACUGAUCUCCAUUUGAUCUGGGGGUGAUAUAAUCCAAUAGUUCUGGUUAACUGAAAAGAGAUCAUCGUGGUAAUUUUGCUCCUGGUAGUGGCGAGGUUGCCACGUGUAUAGGUUAUUGUAGUUUGUUGAUUAAACUCUUUGUUUGUUUUCCCUUUUUAAACUCAUUUGGUGGUCUCCCCUUCGUUCUGGGAGGUUAUAAAAUUUCAGUUCUCAUAA